AGAGGAUUGGAAAGUGGCAGGGUCGAGUUCUGCAGAGCCAUCCGGAGUGAAGUGAAUCAAAUCCCCCCGUGAUCUCGUCAUGCCUACUUAUAACUUUUUGCUUUACAUAAUGGUACUGGUUUCGCUCGGGCGCUCGGGGAGUGAUGAGCCGAGCCACCAACAGCUGCAGCAACCUCAGUCCAGAACUGAGAGCUUCACGGAAGCCGCAGGGUUAGUUGUAGUGGAAGCCGAGGAGUCCGGGGUUCCGCAGUGUAAGGCUUGUAUGUGGAGAGAGCACAGUAAAGUGUUAAGGCUGGAGACCAUCAAGUCACAGAUCUUAAGCAAGCUGCGACUGAAGCAGGCUCCCAACAUCAGCCGGGAGGUGGCAAACCAACUCCUUCCAAAAGCUCCACCGCUUCAGCAGCUUCUGGAUCACCAUGAGUUCCAAGGGGACGGUUCAUUACAAGAAGACUUCUCCGAGGAGGACGAGUAUCACGCCACCACUGAGACUGUCAUCACCAUGGCCUCGGAACCGGAUGCUACUGUACAGGUGGAUGGUAAGCCAAGCUGCUGCUUCUUCAAGUUUAGUCCAAAGAUCAUGUUCACUAAGGUUCUGAAGGCACAACUCUGGGUUUAUCUGCGACCAUUGCAGCAGACGUCUACAGUGUACCUGCAGAUUCUGCGUCUGAAACCUGUGACAGAGGAAGGAAGCCGACAUAUUCGUAUUCGUUCCCUGAAGAUAGACCUAAAUUCACGCUCUGGGCACUGGCAGAGUAUUGACUUUAAGCAUGUGCUACAGAAUUGGUUUAAGCAGCCUCACACAAACUGGGGCAUUGAUAUCAAUGCUUUUGAUGACAGUGGAAAUGAUCUAGCAGUCACAUCUCUUGGACCAGGUGAAGAAGGACUGCAGCCCUUCCUUGAAGUGAAGGUGAUGGAGACUACAAAACGAACUCGGAGAAACCUCGGCCUGGACUGUGACGAGCACUCCACUGAAUCACGAUGUUGCCGGUACCCACUCACAGUUGACUUUGAAGCAUUCGGUUGGGACUGGAUCAUUGCACCCAAGAGGUACAAAGCUAACUACUGCUCAGGCCAGUGUGAGUACAUGUUCAUGCAGAAGUAUCCGCACACACACUUGGUGCAGCAUGCCAAUCCACGAGGCUCCGCAGGGCCUUGCUGCACGCCAACCAAGAUGUCUCCCAUUAACAUGCUUUACUUCAAUGACAAACAGCAGAUUAUUCAUGGCAAGAUUCCUGGCAUGGUGGUAGAUCGCUGUGGAUGUUCUUAAAAUACAGUUGACCCUAGAAGGAAAAAAUGUUUUUUGAAGGAGAAAGAGAGUCAUGAACUGUGGCAUUUUUCAAUGUUAAAAUAUAUAUUAAAAGAGGACAACAUGCACUGUGCAAUAAGCAGAAACAAAUGGAUGAAAGAGGCUAGGAGCAGAUAAAGGAAAGAGACUAUUAUACGUUUACAAAAACAAAAGAAAGCUUUCUAUCAAAAUGACCUUAAAUUAAGAUUUCAUUGCAUUGUAGAUACGCAUAAUAUUUUGUAUUCAUUCUAGUGGCCCUUGUAGGAGAUUUAUUUAUUCUUUUUAACUUACAGCAUUGGAAGUACACUACUCUGGCGGGUGAUCUGCUCUGUAUUAAGUGAACACAAAGUGACACCAUAACAUUUCUCACUGGAAUUUUUUUGGAAGGUUUCAUGAAUGUAUAGGCUGGUACAGGUUUAUGAUGGAGAUCAUUUUUAAAGGAAACUCAUUGCUUGUUACCGCACAGCCUGGAAAAUGAGUUAAAGACUCAAUUAUGAGAAAAAAAGUGCUCUUCAAGAAGAAAACUGAAAUAAGUAAAGACAAAAAGGCCUGAGGUGACCAGCUCCUCACUAGUUAUUAUACAAAGGCAAAAAGAAAAUCUGCAAAUGUCACCUGUAGUAUAUUGUAAACCGAGGAAUCCACAGAUGUUUCUAGUCAUUGCAAACUUCAAUAUCUUGUUUUUUUUUCCAGAUAUCUCCUGAGUUUUCUUAUUUAUUUAUAAAUCUUAUCCUAACCUCUGGUAUAUUAUCAAAACAGGCUUCAAGUCAGUGAUGGUUAAACUGUUAAAUAAUAAAGGUAAACUCAUAGCACACUGGGGACAAGAAAUGGCUGGAAAGGUUAAUUUUAAACAGUUAACAGAAAGAGCAUUGCAUUUCACCAAAUUUCAGUCCAGUGUGUGUUUUCUAGCCCUUGGGGGCGGGAAAGUUCUACAGCCAUAUGUCAGCUGCAGCCUUGUGAAUUUUAAAGAAGGUUCCAUAUUGAAGCAAAAAACAAAGGCCAUAAUCAAAUUGAAUCCAUGUGGAAUUUUAUUCAUGGAUGGCAAAAAAACACAGCCAUAGAGCCCCCAUAUUGCAGAUCUGUAUAGAGUAAGAGACGCUGCAUCACAUUGUGUGCUCAGAUUGGGCUUUAAAAUUGAUGAUGGCAGGGAAAAAAAAGAAACCUUAGACUCUUGUUGCAUAUUUGGGUUGAAAUCUCAUGUGGUACUUUAAGAGCACCAUCUUCACUGUAAACUCCCGAUUAAUGUGACUCACUCAACCUCACACUCCUAAUGCUUUACAGUCCCAACACUUCAGCUGCUAGGAGGCCACACAUUUUACUUUUAAAUGUUUUGUAUAUAUCUAUAAAGAGUUAUGUCUGUAUCCUGUUUACAGGACCUUGUAAACACCCCCACAAUAUUUAUGCUCCUAAAAAGAUUUAAAGAAGUAAAGUUACAGAGUACAAAGAGUACAUUACACUGAUCUGUCCCAUACAAUAUAUUAUAUAGGAUUAGAGCAACAUUCAUCCCAGCUGCUCUUGCUAUAGGGUCAAACUUAUAUUACCCAGCCAUAUCCAACUGCCCAACAAAAUGAUAGAAUCAGUUCAGCAUUUCCUUCAUUUGUCAGGCUACUAUCAUUCUUCUUCGGCAUUGGGUGGCAGUUAUACUUCACUUCUCCUGUAACAGGCUUCUCCUUAACUCUGCUACAAUGUACUUGAAAGAAUAUUUCUGUAAAUGUUCAUAUAAUUAAAAAUAGAGGAGCAAGUCAUGAUAGCCUUAGUCACAGUAAAUCUACAUAAGUUUAGAUUGAAAAAAAUGGCCUUACUUUAGCUUGUAUCAUUUUAAAUAAAGCCCAUCUGAAUCUAGUCACAAUAGCAAAUGAUGUAUGCAGUGUAUGACGGUAUUAAGCCUACUAUCAUAUACUGUACCUAAACAAAUUUUAAAAUGGAUCACUCUACACAAAAUCUAAAAUUUCACAGCAGUAGGAAUCUGUUUUCUACAUUACAAUUAUUAUUAUUUUAUGAUUAUUAUUAUUUUACUCAUGAACUUGAACCUAUAAGGGUUUAUGAUGAAAGUCACUGGUCGUUUAGAAACAUAAACACAACCCACAAUAACAAUGUAGAUAGUGUUACUUUUAUUAAUUUUCUGUACUAUCCAUUUGCCUUCAUUUUGAACUUGAACACUUCCGAUACAAAGCAUGGUUUCUGGUGCUCAGCAGAUUCUUUUCUGAUGUAUUUCUUGGAAGUGAAGUUACAUCACAUUAAGAGAAGGUUGAAGAGUGAUGUGCUGUGCUGAUGAUGCAGACAAAUCCAAUCAUAACAUCUGUCUUGACACAGUAAUUCAAUAAAUAUUUGUUCUUCAACCACCAUAUACAGCUAAAUCAUGUUCACAGACUGCCUAGCCAUCACAGUUUUGUUUCUUAAAACAGAAAAAAUGAAGCUGAAAGUACAAAAAUAUUACAGUGAGUUGGACUACAUGAAUAUAUGUAGUACAUUUUAUUUACUGUGAUAGCAAUACAGAAUGAAUUAGAAUGAAACCAGUGAGGUUAUUUGCCUCCACCACCUUGCUGUUAUACUCAGAAGCUAAACAUUCUUAAUUAAAGAACUGUAAGUGCAUUACAGAAAACUGAUUCUGCAAGUAAUAUGAUGUUUAUGUGUUAGUCAGACAGCAGUUUGUUGAUCAGUCUUUCUUCCAUACAAGAACUUCAUAUUAUGUUAUAGUAUACCAUUUGUCUCCUUUAUAUCAUUAACACAUUGUUAUCUUUACCUUAGGACAUAUUCAUUAUUGUGUAAACUACUCUAAUUUUGUAAAAAUGCUAACGUUACUUCUCUGUUCUGAUUUGUGUGUCCCAUUUUUUUCACCUUUAUCUACCCACUUUCAAACACCUAUAAUUACAUACAAUCCAAAGAGAGUCCAUCUUAAUAUGCAGAAAACAGAUUUUAAUCGGUCACUAUAUUUUUAGAUUAUUAUAAAGCACAUACAAAUGAAAUGCAUAACUCAAGAUAUUUUCAAAGUUUCAGUUAUUUUAACAUAGCAAGAAAAAAAAUCAUUAAUCUAGUGAGUUUUAUUUUCUGAACCUGCUUUUGUGGGAAAAUAUUCAACAUCAUAAUACAGGGUUGAGCUCUGGACAUAAUGCCAGUCUAUCAUAGGGUACACCCACAAACACACCAGGCCCACUUUAAGUCAUUAGUCCACCUAAUGCAUUAUUUUUGGACAAUGAGAGAGUGAUAGAGUCCAAAAAGAAAGCAAAAAAAUAAGAGAAUGAUUUAAACUCUAUACAGGCAGCACCCCAAGUAGAUAUCAAAUUGAAAUCCAUGUGAUGUGAUACACCAACUAGGCACAAAACGAUAAUAAAUAACAAAAUAACCUGGUUUUUACCCUUUGUACUUUGAUUCCAUUAGAAUCGCAGAUUCAGAACAUGUUGUGAAUUGGACAACAUAUGCAUUAUAUAGUUAACAACAAUCACUGCACUUCUAGAGGGAUAUUCAUAAACACACGCACACAAACACACACCAGCAUUUUCUCUUCUCCGCACAAUGGAAGUUGUGACAGUGUUCAAGCUGAAAACAUUAAUUUCAAAUAAGUUAUAAACUUUGACAAUCGCUGGUAGACCAUUCACUUUAUCAAGCUUUUUAAUUUGUUGCAAUAUCUUAUACAGAUACUUGAUUAAAAGUUGUGUUGUUUUUCUACUUCAUUUUAGUUGCUGAAUGUCUUGGCUUUGCAGUAGGUUGCUUUGGGUAGAUUUUGACAUUCUGUUCACAUCAUCCAAUCUACAGAUCACUGACUAGCAUUAUAAAUGCCUCAAGGUUCAAGUACAUUUGUUUGGGACUGAUAACAGUUGAUUCCUCUCACCUCCAGAUGUUCCUCAAAUUAAGUUUUGAAUUUUGUGUAACCUGUCUCAAAAAAAGGGCUGAAUGAAUAUUACACAAUGUUUCUGUCUUUCAACUAAUAUGGGAUAAUCAGCACAGCCACUAAAAAGGCCACCUACCAAAUGAUGAAGAGCAGGGCAAUAACUGCUGGUGAAACACAUUUUUAUCACUCACCUUGCUAAUUAAUAUAUUUUUAUAAAUGGAGCAAAAAUAAUUCAGAAAGGCAGCUGCAUCCUUGUCACCUUAAUCUUUUCAUCCAAAUGUUCUGCUGUCCAAUGUUCAGUUUUGCUUCUUAAUGCACAUUGGUACAAUAGAUAUACUAAAGUACCCUUCCAGGCAAUGGCUUGAGGCUUCACCUUCCAAGUCUCAAAGUUAUUCCUACCCACAGUUUCAUAGCACCCUUUACCUACCUCCUCUCUUUCUGGUCUCAGGGAAAGAAACUAUACCCCACUCCACAAAGCUCAUUCUUCACUUCCAUAGUCAGUGCAUUUUAAAUAACAGCUGACUAUUUAAUUUCAUUUUCCAGUACUGUUCUGACCAAUAUUGCAUUGUCGUUACCCUUGAAUCCAUUUUUUGAUAAUUUUCUGAAGUUGUUGAAAGCAACUUGGUGAGGACAGUCCCUUUGGCCAUAUUUUAUUAUAGUGGACAUCUCAAGAAACUUAAAUGUAGUACCGAUUUCAUGGAGUGGUCUGCUGUGGGACUGUGAGUAACAGGUAAAGGCCUGCUUUUAUAUAAGCUAUAAGAUGAUCUAGGAUGGAAAGACUUGAUUCUUAUAGGUACUAACUUUCCUUAGAGAAUCAGAAUACUAGCUAAUUGUUGGAAACUUGGAGGCAAUGCUUUCAUUUCAGUUGCAAAGUUAAACGGUAUUCACAGACUUGAGUCAUUUGAAGUACAGUGUAACCUCACACCUGUCAUGGCUUGUUCCUCAUCUAUGAUCAUAUCCCAGCCUUGGAGCUCACAGCCCUGCAGUAGACUGGAAACAUAAGCAAGAUAAAAGACAACAUUGGUGGCCUGGGCAGCUAGCACCGGUGUAAUCUAAGGGUUACUGCACCAUCACAUGCUCACAUUUGAAAUACUCUUGCAGUAUACAUCAGGGUCAGAAGAAUAACCCAAUUAAAAGUGCAAACUGUUAUGAAACUUGAUGUGAAAUAAAUGUGAGACAAGUUGGAGUACACAGACACCUGCUUUAAGGUGAAAUUGACUCAGAACUCUAGCAGUUUGUCCUAGUGAACAAUACAGCUGUCUUACUGGCCAGCAACAGCUUUUAUCAUCUUACGGAAAUCGAAUGCUUGAAUUGAAAUAUUUCUAUGUCAUACUUUUAUUUUAUUGUAAGUUAAGACAAGAAUAUAUGUUCUAGUUGUCUGAAGCGUCUCUGGGACACUUGGGGAGGCGCUCUUUGUUUGAAACAGAAGCACUAUGCUGUUGGACAAAGGAAGAGUCUGAGGAAAAAGGGAAUGAAGAAAAGAAAGGAACUUUCUUUAAAAACAGUUUCCUUCCUGUAGAUGCUCUACCUUUCCAACGAUAAACUUUGCACUAUGGAAAGUCAGUUACGAGAGAGAACUGUGUUCUUUUUGUUGUGUUUUACCUUGAGCAUGAGAGUUUGACAAUGGACAUAGCUUUGAGCUUUGCGUGUAAGCUUCUGAUAUCGCAGUGUGAAUAAACUAGCAAGUACUUUUCUUUAUCUAUAUACUGUUUCCCUUAUUUUUUUAAUAGAAAAUUGAAAUCUUUCAUUUAUUAUUUUAUAACUUUUUUAUUUUAUCCUGCUCCCUUUCUCCUAGUCUUAAUGUGUACCAAACCCAUAUUGCUGUGGUUAAAUGUGAUCUGCCUGCCCCACAUCCAAGAGUAACAUAACAUAUGGUAUGAAUUUGCUGAGUUUCCAUGCGUGUAUGUAUGCAAUUAUGCCUGACACCUAUGUUGCCCACAUGUUUUUAACACCUUCCUUUUCCCUUACUUAAAUUAGUGCCAAAGUGAUUGGUCAGCCUUUUCAGCAACAGUCCACAUGUCCACCAACUGUUUCUCCUGAAAGGAGUGCUUUUUUGCCCACUGUGCCUUGGAUAGAGAUGACCAAGUAGAUGGUAAGAACUCAGGGUACUGGGCAGCUUUUCUCAGGAGCCUCAGGUUACUGUAAGAUCUUGCAGCUUCCUCGUUCUCUUACUCCCUCUGUGAUCAUUCACAUUUGAUGUAUGCACCAGGCACCUAAUGGUUGCCAAUGUUUCUUCCAUUAACACUGUCCAGUUAGGCUGUGUUUAUGCUGAAUACAUAGCAGGACUACAAUUUAAAAAUAAAAAAAGGUUCCUAUCUACCUGCAAUACAGAAUCAUCAGCUGCCUAAGUUAUAACUGAUUACAAAACAGUUGAUAUUCUAAGUGUGAAAGAUAAAGUUGUUUCAGUGUUGCUCUGAAACACAAAAUGUAAAGUAAGGGAAAGGCAACUAAAUAUGCAGGGAGCAAGAAUUCUUGCAUGGGGAAAUUCAGUGCACCCAACUAAAUAAAAAGCGGCACACUGGAAGCUAAGAGGUCCACAGGCUUCCCUUUGCAGUUUACUGGUAACUGUGUGUGUACCUAGUUGCGCCAUAUGUGUUUAAAGUGCUCUUCUCUAAUGAGACCCCUCAGAGGCAGCAGAUCGAAAAUGCAUUUACAAACUGACUUACAAAUAAGGCCUAAAUGUAGUUUAUAUAGUGUGUGUCGAGCAUUUCUGCAUUGUGUGGACUGUUUUGUUUUUUUAUCAAUGCACUACAGAAGUUAUGGAUAACAUCACUAUGAACACUUGGCUUUAUUAUGUAAACAGACAAGCAACACUUUUCCCUCCACAGAUGUUCCCCUUGAAUAAACAGGCACUCAGCUCUUGGCGGUAUGUUGACUUUUUUUUUAGUGUUGUAUCCACUAAAUCUAUCCCAUUUGUUGUACCAUGGUGUGUAUGUUAUAAUUACCGUAUGUUUUCCUAUACUUCAUCCAGAUUGUUUUUUGUAAAAUAAAUCAUUUUUUUAGCCUAAAUA